CCAGUGCAGAGGGACGGGAAUAACACACAUCGAUACGGGGUGUUUUCUUCAAAGGUGGCACGGUGAAAAAUGGCAGAUCGUGCAAUGCUGAAGAAAAACACAUAGAUGACGCGCUCAGAGUCGCCUCUUCUGCUGUGAAGGCUUCGACGUUUCUUUAGGAUUAACGACACCGCAAAUGAACUCCGUCAGAGCAAGUCACGUUAGCAGAAGACCCAGGCGAGUCUCGAGGCCGCGCCCGGUACAGCCGGAGAGGAACCACCAGGAAAGAGAUGAGGACGUUCCUGCAGAUAUGGUCGCAGAAGAAUCCGGUCCAGGAGCUCAGAAUAGUCCCUACCAACUUAGAAGAAAGUCUCUACCCAAGAGAACAGUGUGUUCGACAAAGACUAACAUGGAGGGUGCUUCCACUUCAACCACAGAAAACUUUGGACACCGACCUAAGCGCCCAAGAGUUUCAGGAAAGUGUCAAGACAUACCAGCAGCGCCAGCAGAGCAGUAUUUGCAGGAAAAGCUUCCGGACGAGGUGGUGCUAAAGAUCUUCUCGUACCUGUUGGAGCAGGAUUUGUGCCGUGCAGCUUGUGUGUGCAAGCGCUUCAGUGAGCUGGCCAACGACCCCAUCCUCUGGAAGAGGCUGUACAUGGAAGUGUUUGAAUACACACGCCCCAUGAUGCACCCCGAGGCGGGGAAGUUCUACCAGAUAAACCCAGAAGAGUAUGAGCAGCCAAACCCGUGGAAGGAAAGCUUCCAGCAGCUGUAUAAAGGAGCACAUGUGAAGCCGGGCUUUGCAGAACACUUCUACAGUAAUCCUGCCAGAUACAAAGGGAGAGACAAUAUGUUUUACUAUGACACCAUCGAGGAUGCUCUGGGAGGAGGUCAGGAGCCUCACUUUGAUGGCUUGAUAUUCGUCCACUCUGGUAUUUACACAGACGAGUGGAUCUACAUCGAGUCGCCGAUCACAAUGAUUGGAGCCGCUCCUGGUAAAGUAGCAGAGAAAGUGAUCAUUGAGAAUACCAGAGACUCUACAUUUGUAUUCAUGGAAGGCUCAGAAGAUGCUUACGUUGGAUACAUGACCAUCAGGUUCAACCCUGAUGAUAAAUCCGCCCAGCACCACAAUGCACACCACUGCUUGGAGAUUACAGUCAACUGCAGUCCCAUCAUCGACCAUUGCAUUAUACGCAGCACGUGCACAGUGGGGUCAGCUGUCUGUGUCAGUGGCCAGGGGGCUUGUCCAACAAUCAAGCACUGCAACAUUAGUGACUGUGAAAAUGUUGGUCUCUACAUCACUGACCAUGCACAGGGGAUAUAUGAAGACAAUGAGAUCUCGAACAACGCCCUGGCUGGAAUCUGGGUUAAAAACCAUGGCAACCCAAUCAUCAGACGGAAUCACAUCCACCAUGGCCGAGACGUCGGAGUUUUUACAUUCGACCACGGCAUGGGUUACUUUGAGAGCUGCAACAUCCAUAGGAACCGUAUCGCCGGCUUUGAGGUGAAGGCGUACGCCAAUCCAACAGUGGUUCGCUGUGAGAUCCAUCAUGGCCAGACGGGCGGCAUCUACGUGCACGAAAAGGGCCGCGGGCAGUUCAUCGAAAACAAGAUCUAUGCAAAUAACUUUGCUGGGGUGUGGAUCACGUCCAACAGUGACCCUACGAUAAGGGGCAAUGCCAUUUUUAAUGGCAACCAAGGUGGCGUUUAUAUUUUCGGUGAUGGCCGAGGCCUCAUUGAAGGAAAUGACAUCUACGGUAACGCCCUGGCGGGUAUCCAGAUCCGGACGAACAGCUGCCCUAUUGUCCGACACAACAAGAUCCACGAUGGCCAGCACGGCGGCAUAUAUGUGCACGAAAAAGGACAAGGCGUCAUCGAGGAGAACGAGGUGUACAGCAACACGCUGGCCGGCGUGUGGGUGACGACGGGCAGCACGCCCGUACUGAGGAGGAACCGGAUACACAGCGGGAAGCAGGUCGGGGUCUACUUCUAUGACAAUGGCCAUGGCGUGCUGGAAGACAAUGAUAUCUACAAUCACAUGUAUUCUGGAGUUCAAAUUAGGACCGGCAGCAAUCCCAAGAUCAGGCGGAACAAGAUCUGGGGCGGCCAGAAUGGAGGCAUCUUGGUUUACAACUCUGGUUUGGGCUUCAUUGAGGACAAUGAGAUCUUUGACAAUGCGAUGGCCGGAGUGUGGAUCAAGACGGACAGCAACCCCACCCUACGGAGGAACAAGAUCCAUGACGGGCGAGACGGUGGGAUUUGUAUAUUCAACGGAGGACGAGGCUUGUUGGAGGAAAACGACAUCUUCAGAAACGCCCAAGCAGGAGUCCUAAUUAGCACCAACAGCCACCCCGUCCUGCGCAAAAACAGGAUAUUUGACGGCUUCGCAGCAGGUAUUGAGAUCACCAAUCAUGCCACUGCGACCCUGGAGGGCAAUCAGAUCUUCAACAAUCGCUUUGGCGGAUUGUUUCUUGCAUCUGGGGUCAAUGUUACGAUGAAAGAUAAUAAAAUAAUGAACAAUCAGGAUGCUAUUGAAAAGGCUGUGAGCAGAGGUCAGUGCCUGUACAAGAUUUCAAGUUACACCAGCUACCCAAUGCACGAUUUUUACAGGUGUCACACCUGUAACACAACAGACCGCAACGCCAUCUGUGUGAACUGCAUCAAGAAGUGUCACCAAGGACACGACGUGGAGUUCAUCAGGCACGAUAGAUUCUUCUGUGACUGUGGUGCGGGGACGCUUUCAAAUCCCUGCACGUUAGCUGGAGAGCCGACCCACGACACAGACACACUGUACGACUCCGCUCCUCCGAUCGAGUCCAAUACGCUGCAGCACAACUGAGCUCGAGAGCCGAGCUCCUCUUCCUCAGUGGACACGAGACACUUUCAGUUGUGCAGCGGGGGGGGGGGGGAGAGAUCCAAACGAACACUCGGAGCAUAUUCAUUGACUUAGGAAAAAAAGACUUGGACAUGAAUCUGCUUUACGGAGACAUUUAAGAAGAAGAAAAGAAAGUCUCUAUUAUGGAUGCCCUGCUUUUUCUUCAAUUAUUUGACUUGGAAAAACAAAACAAAAGAUGACAUCGUUGGAGAGCAGCUGACUGGGUUUGUGGGUGUGGACAAAACGCCACAGAGGCUCGCCUGCUUUUAGGAAGCAGAAGAACACAAGACUGCAGUCGUGUACAGACACACCUUUUCUCCCAAGGAGGCGAAACGGCUCCGAAUACAACAAUGCUUCCAUCACUGGGCAACCGACGUGCUCGUAUGAAAUGUACGGGAAAAAUGACCUAGCACUUCAGCUUUUUGUUUUCCUCAAGACUGUUGAGAUUUGAUUUUUAAUGCUUUUUGUGUCGUUAUGUCUUUUCAUGCAAACAUCUUAUUGUACUUGAAUGUUUUUAUUUUAUUGUGUUCAUUUUUUGGGGGCUUACUUACCCCUAGAAUAGCUGUAAUUAUACAUGUCGCAGUAUCUCGCUUCUUUCUGUGAAAGAGGAAAACACUAAACGUUUUCUCCAGCAUUGUUGACUAUUUACUUUUGCAAUACCGAACAAUAGAUGCUGUGUGCUUUCACCAGACUUGUAUAUAUUCUUUGGUUUGGAGUAGCAACAUUAAUGUUUGUCUCUGUAUGGGAGGGGACUUGUUUCCUGUACUUUUACAUAAUCUAUGCAUAUUCUAUGUUUAUUCUGUUUGUAUUGGCGUGUCACAAAACGACUAACAGGAAGAGAUGUGGGCCGAAGCGAAGCAGCUUUAGGCAGAUGACCUCAUAGUAUUUUUAUUAAGAUAGCCUUUUUUCUCUGCAAAUAAGGAAUUAUAAUGCAUCCGUUAACACUUGGAUGGUUGUAACGUCUGUGGUACAUUGCCUCACUGGUAUCGAUUUCAAUCAAGUAGAUUAUAAAAUCUAUAUACACCGUAACCCGUGUGGUUUUAUUUUCCUUAAUAAAAGGCACAAAUGCUGCUUCUUGGUCUGUUAAGAUACAAUUUAUUUUUCCGAUGUAAUUUCAAUUAUGCCCGAGAAACGGAGACAAGUCUUGUGAAAGCACAGCUAAUUGAUGUUUUCCCAUGUUUGCCAAUGUUGCUGGAGAAUAUAAACUGAGGCAAGUAUGAGGUUUCAUGCCCCCCCCUCCCCCAUUCAUGUGUACUGGUGAUUGUGGGUUCUCAUACAGACUGAAAUGUAUGCAUGUAUCAUAACAUCUAGACUUAAUAUAUUGUGAAGUAUUCAAUAACCGUUAUGUAGGCGCUAGCGUGAAUUAAAAGGGUUUAAUUUCCUAGAUGAAACGUUGUCUUUUUUAAAAAUAAACUUUUAUUAGAUCAU